AUGAAGUUCCUCAUCACCUCUGGUCUUCUUGCCCUCGCGGGCCUCGCCGCUGCCGAGGUCCCUCAGGAGCACUCUCACGAGUUCCUCCUCACGGCCAUGGACGAGCUUCUCCAGGACAGCAACCCCCUCGAGAUCAAGAGCUCUGUCUUUGCUCUUCUGGGUAACGCGGCCGCCGCCGAGGCUACAGACAAGGUUGCCGCUGCCGACCUCGACUGCCUGCAGCAGAUCGUGGCCGACCAGGCCUUCACCAACGCCAAGGCCAAAAACGACGUCACCGGCAUGGUCAACGCCCUGAUGUUCCGCACCCUCGAGAGGAACACGGGCUCCGUCGGCCUGGCCAGCAAGCUCUGCACGACCGUCAAGGCCACCAACCCUGAGAUCGCCGCCCUCACGCAGAUCCAGGACCCUGCUUCGGCCGAAGGCAAGGCCAACAACAAGCAGACCAUCCUAAACCUCGCGGUCCAGAUCGCUGCCGUCGGUGGCGACCCCACCGAGGCCAACAAUGCCGGCACUUUCGAGCCAGGCACUAUUGGUGACCCCACCGGUGCAGGAAACACCUGCGAUGACCUCGACGACCCCAAGGGCUGCAUCUUCACCAAGAACCUCCUGGUUCAGGAGGCUACCGCUGACGAGAUUAAGGCUGCUGUUGCUGCCGGCGGUGCUGGCAACGGCAACAACAACGCCACCAUCGGUGGUGGAAACGGCAAACAGAACAACAACACCACCAUCAACGAUGGUCAGAGCUGCAACGAGAACAACAACAACAACGGUAACGGCACCAACCAGGACAACGGUAACCAGAACCAGGGCGGCAGCUCCAGCAACAUCCAGUCUUUCACUGGAGCCCUCGGCGGCGCCGCCCCGGCCGUCUCGUUCUCCUCCGGCGCCGACCGUCCCUUCACCGUCAACGGCAACACCUUCACCACCGCCAACGCCGCCCUGACCCGCUCGUGCGACAUCCAGAACAACGCCUGCUUCAACGCUGCCAACAGCGGCCAGCUCACCGGCGGCACCCAGCAGUGCCAGCAGCAACAGCAGGAGUGCAUCGCCUCGGUCGCCCAGUCAGCCGCUGCCGCCUCCAAGGUCAAGCGCUUCUACAAGCUCGGUGGCCGCCUUCUGCUAGCUUGGGAUUUGUCCAGCUGGCGGGUGUUUGGGAGUUGUGACUUCUUCAUGUAA